UUUAGUCUCUGGUUUAGUCAAACCGUGCAUAUGCGGAACCUUUUGAGAUGAGACGUGAUUUCAGCCCGGACGAAUAUCCACAGCGCUCCAAUAAACAUGGCUGACAUUCCAAGUGAUGCGCCACAGCACUGCCCGGGUACGGCCAGUGAGCAGGCAGGGAAGACGUCAGCAUGUCAGGGUUGUCCCAACCAGAACCUCUGCUCCUCUGGAGCCACUAAAGCACCAGACCCAGCCAUAGAGGAGAUAGCAGAGAAGAUGUUAACAGUGAAACAUAAGAUCUUGGUCCUGUCAGGGAAAGGUGGUGUAGGGAAGAGCACCUUCAGCGCACAUCUGGCCCACGCACUGGCUAGUGACGCCACUAAAGAGGUUGCUCUCCUAGACGUGGACAUCUGUGGUCCGUCUAUCCCCAGGAUCAUGGGUCUGGAGGGAGAGCAGGUCCAUCAGAGUGGUUCUGGCUGGUCUCCUGUGUAUGUAGAGGAUAACCUUGCGGUCAUGUCUAUUGGCUUCCUACUCAGCAGUCCUGAUGAUGCUGUUAUCUGGAGAGGACCCAAGAAGAACGGGAUGAUCAAACAGUUCCUGCGAGAUGUCGAUUGGGGGGAACUGGAUUACCUCAUCGUGGACACGCCCCCCGGCACCUCUGACGAACACCUGUCUAUCGUCCAGUACCUUAGCUCCGCCCGCAUCGACGGAGCCGUCAUCAUCACCACCCCGCAGAACACGUCUCAGAUCUUCCCCCCCACCACGGGAGGAGCAGAGAGGAUGUGUGAAGAGAUGAAACCUUACUCUGCUAGGACGAGUCCCACUGGACCCCAGGAUAGGUAAGAGUUGUGAUGAAGGGAAGUCAUUCCUGUCUGAAGUCCCAGACUCCCCUGCUGCUGCUGCUUACCACUCGAUAGUACAGAGUAUCCAGGCCUACUGCUUGUCCCAUGUGACACGGGAGGAGAGUGCUGGCUAGAAGCCAGUCUGGAGACCGCCAUGUUGCUCUGGAUGCCAGGGACGGAUCACAUGUCGAGGGUCCCUACUGUCUGAUGAAUGAAUAAAUCACAUGCUCUGGUUUAGGAACUGAUGUAGGAUCAGGACCCCCCCCCCCAUUCACAACGUGUCUCAGAGUAGGACUGCUGAUGUAAGGUCAGGACCCCUAUUCACAAUGUGUCUCAGAGUAGGACUGCUGAUCAGGACCCCCAUUCACAAUGUGUCUCAGAGUAGGACUGCUGAUCAGGACCCCCAUUCACAACGUGUCUCAGAGUAGGACUGCUGAUCAGGACCCCCAUUCACAAUGUGUACUGUUACUGAGAGUGUGAAUAUGGGACCUGAUCCUAGAUCCAGUUCUGUUCUGUUACUCUGAGACUGUUUGUGAAUAUGGGACCUGAUCCUAGAUCCAGUUCUGUUACUCUGAGACUGUUUGUGAAUAUGGGGCCUGAUCCUAGAUCCAGUUCUGUUACUCUGAGACUGUUUGUGAAUAUGGGACCUGAUCCUAGAUCCAGUUCUGUUACUCUGAGACUGUUUGUGAAUAUGGGACCUGAUCCUAGAUCCAGUUCUGUUACUCUGAGACUGUUUGUGAAUAUGGGACCUGAUCCUAGAUCCAGUUCUGUUACUCUGAGACUGUUUGUGAAUAUGGGACCUGAUCCUAGAUCCAGUUCUGUUACUCUGAGACUGUUUGUGAAUAUGGGACCUGAUCCUAGAUCCAGUUCUGUUACUCUGAGACUGUUUGUGAAUAUGGGACCUGAUCCUAGAUCCAGUUCUGUUACUCUGAGACUGUUUGUGAAUAUGGGACCUGAUCCUAGAUCCAGUUCUGUUACUCUGAGACUUGUUUGUCAAUAUGUGUACAGCUCUUUAGUAUCACAACUCCUCACAACCUUUUUGAAAAUUGUAUUGAUAGUUCACCUGAAAUUAUAUUUUGAUUUAUUUUGUAAGCAGUCUUGGGACCAAGUAAGACGGUAAUCCAUGAUGCCUUAUGUUUGUUUUACCUGGACACUGUCUCCAAAUAAUAAAUCUUGUUGUUGUUGUUGUUGU